AUGCCAAAAACAGGAUCCCUUCGUAGGGACAGAGCUUCAGCUAGUGAAGCUCGCGAUGCGCGGGAUAAUGGCAGGGAUUCUCAGCAGGCCUAUGCUCAAAAUGUGUUGAAAUCGUUCUUCCAGGGCGUGGCCGUGGUUGUUCUAGCCGCUAUCUCUUCGCAUGUCUCUCAGCUGACAUUAUCGCCGGUCUAUGGAUCCGUACCUGCGGCGUCCUUUCAUCGACAAGGUGUUAUGAUUGCUGGUCUUAUCGGAUGGUUCGGAAUUGGACGCGUCAAAGUCGUUUGCUUUAAAAUACCCUUGAAGCUGCUACCAGUCCUUGCCUGGAGUAUUCCGACUAUACAAUAUUUUAUGUUUCAGCUCAGUAGUAGACUUGGGCCUAUAUUUGGACCAUUCGUCACGGAGCUCUGUACCCUAUAUCCUUUGGUCGUGCUCUCGGUCGCCUCAGCGGCGAUACUCCUGGGAAACUCCAGUCCUAACACUGGAUAUAGCUUGAUGGCUGGUCAGGGGAAGUUCCUGGGACUGUACGUCCUAUUCACUACCAUGUUGAAAGUAACAAGAGGGGUCAUGUCCAACCGUAUAGGAUCAAGCAGCCUGAUGACUCGGGCCGGACUUCAAUUUAUGGUAGCAUCGUUAUACUCGAUAUGCUUACCAUCGAAAUGGGGUUUAUUUGCUAUUCCAUCUCUGAUAUUUUCGGUCGCGUUCAAUGUUCACGUCCCUUCUGAUAUUACCACAGCGAGGCUGAACUCUCGACUUCAGGCAAAUAAUUACACUCUGCUGCACCGUCAAGAGUCGUUGACUGGCUACCUAUCGGUGCUCGAGAACAACCAGCUUAAUUUCAGGGUCAUGAGAUGUGAUCAUAGUCUUCUUGGUGGAGAAUGGAUUCCGCCUGCGGACGUGUCAAAACAAGUAGUUCGAGAUCCCAUAUAUGCGGUUUUCACGAUGCUGGAGGCCGUUAGGUUGAUCAAUCUGGAUAACGGGGAUCGGCGACAAGCAGGGCCGGGCACCAACGCCCUUGUCAUCGGCCUCGGAAUCGGAACUAUGCCCGCUGCACUUGUUGCUCAUGGGAUAAACACUACGGUUGUUGAAAUAGACCCAGUGGUGUAUAGGUUAGCUACUGAAUACUUCAAAUUCCCGAGCGAAGCGGUAUCCGUGAUCGAAGAUGCGAAUACUUUCAUCCAACGUGAGAGAAAAUCCCAUUCGCCAUCUCGCUAUAAUUUUAUUGUACAUGAUGUUUUUACCGGCGGUGUUGAACCUGCGGAUCUGUUUACGUUGGAUUUUAUGCACGGCCUACGCGACUUGCUUCAGGACGACGGAGUAAUCGCAAUUAAUUACGCGGGUGAUUUAGCCCUACCUUCAGCUGGUCUUAUAGUGCGGACCAUAUUAGCUGCAUUUUCAUCAUGCAGGAUCUUUCGUGAAGGCGAACCCACCGCUGGGCCAGCAGGUGACUUUACCAACAUGGUGAUAUUCUGCAAAAAGACGAAACAUUUACCCGAAUUCAGAAAACCAACCAACGCUGAUUACCUGGGGAGCUUGUCAAGAGAAUCAUACAUGUUCCCGAAAUUUGAGAUCCCCCAGGAAACCUUUCGGAACACGAAUAGCAAAGAUCCAGAAAUCUUAACGAAAAACCAAGUUAGCCAACUUGAAAACUGGCACUCGCAAAGUGCAAUUGGGCACUGGAGAAUUAUGAGAACCGUGCUCCCAGCUGCUGUUUGGGAGAACUGGUAA